GCGUUCAGCGGCUGACGUCUGUUACCCUGGUAACUGCUGGGAACCCACAGCCUUUCUGGAAAAGGCUAGAGGGCUAAGUGUUUCCUUCUGUAAAUUCUUUGGAAUGUUAACUCUGAGAAGUGGACAGUACUGAUUAUGGCACGCUAUUCCAAAGAAGAGCUAGAUGAGGAGUUUGAACAGUUUAUGAAAGAGCUUUCAGAUGAUUCCUUUGAAAAUUCAAACAAAACACCAAAGCAGACUAAAGGAGAGAAGAAGAAAGAUGCAGUCCCAUGGUGGAUCCCUGGAGAUGCUUUUGAAGAAGAGGGACUGCUUGGAACAAGUGUAAGCUAUAUGAAAACAAAGAAGACAUCUCAACCUGUUGUGGAAAAAGAAGAGGAGUCUGGUGAAAAGAUAGAAUUUCUUAAGAGCAGUGGAACGUCAGUCUUAAGUAUUGACAGCUUAGAAACAAAUGAGCUCGUUGUUUCUGAGUUCAAUCAGAGUAUUCUGGGAUUGGGAUUGGACACAUUAGAAGAGCAAGAAGAAAAAGAACAAUUUUUUGCCAGGCUUGAGAAAGGCCUAACAUCGUCUGUUGAUUAUUCAAGAUUGAAUAAAGAAUUGGAUUCUAAUGACUCUACACAUUUUAAAGCUUUACUUAGCAAUCAAGCCCAUGUAAAAUUAAGUGAAAAUGAACAUGAGAGUGAACAUGAAGAACUGGCAGAAAACUACAGUGAUGAUUUUGAGGAUGAGGAUUGUAAUGUACCUUUGAUUACUAAAGAUGAAGAGGUUUUUUCCAAAGAAAAUCCCAAGUCCGAAAAAAGAAAUGUGCCCAAACAUGAAGAAGAGAAAACUGGCAUGCUGGCUAAUGUGGUGCUCCUUGAUUCAUUGGACUCCAUUGUCGAGGUCAACCUUGAUGAACAGGAUAAAGCAGCAAGUAAACCAAAGGCCCUACCAGAAAUGACUGAGAAUGAAAUGACAGAAACAGGUCUUUCUUAUGGACAAAGCACCAGUGACAUCGAAGCCCUACAUCAGGCUUAUCGUCAUGUAACCCAUUCUUUGGGAGAUACAGAUGAACAAAGAGUUGAGGGGAAAGCAAUAGAACAUUUCAAGAGCUCAGUGAAAGACAAUGAUGAUGUGUCCUCUAAAAACAUCUCUACGACUGAAUCUGAUCUGCCCACAGUAGAAGAGCUGAUGAAACCUAUCAGACUAGAUUCCUUUGGGCUCACUGGUUUUGAUUUACAAUCUGCCAGCACCAAGCAACUGGCUGAUAAUAAAGGGACUGAAUUUGUUAGCCCUUUCCUUAAGACAAGCUCAAAUCUUAAGUCUCAAGAGCCACACCAGGUGAACAAAUUUUUUGAAAAGAGGGAUGAGAAUGUGGUUUUACAAAAGACCGCAGAUGAAGUUUUAGAAAGUAGUGAUUCAAGAGUAACUGCUGUGGAAGAACACACAGAUAAAAUGUACCUUGAUAUUGUGAAGAAAAAACUCUCAGUUGACCUAUCCUUAUUACCUCAGGAUGACAAAAUUGAUAAAGCAUUGAGAUCUCAACUCACUUUUGGAGAAGGGGUUGUCAUUGGUAAAGAAGUAUCCUACAAGAAGGCUAGAAGUGCACCUCCGUUAUUUAAAAGAAAACCCCAGAGUGGAUUGUAUGCCUCAGUUAGGAGCUCUGGCUAUGGCAAACCCAAUUCACCAUUCAAAACAUUUUCAACUUUUGAAAAAAAACCUUCAAAGGACAUUACGAAGAGCAAAAACAUAAGAUCCACUCCCACCUCAAAUCAAGCUAGGAAAAGGGAAAUCUUAUCUGGAACAAAGGUCCUCAAGCCUGCUGCUUUGGGUACACCAGCUCCCCAAACUGAAAGUUGUCUGGCUACUCCUAAGAAGUCUGAAGAUACUACACAAAUUAAUUCCUGUAUUCAGUUUCAAAAUGAUUCUUCUGGUGGAAACAAGAAGACAGAAUUAUUUCUGUUUAAGAGAGUUCAGGAAGCAGAGGAAAAAUGGAGGGGUGCACAAGCCUUAAUUGAGCAAAUUAAAGUCACAUUCUCAGACAAAGAGAGAGAGUUGGAAAAUAAGAUGGAAGACCUAAAGAGACAGCAAGACAAAGAGCUCUUCAGACUAAAUCAAGACAAUUAUAUUCUCCAAGCAAAGCUAAGUAGCUUUGAAGAAGCAAACAAAAAACAAAGGUGGUUACAUUUAGGGGAAACAACUGAUCCUGUCACUGAAGAAAAAUUGAAGCAGAUCCAAAAAGAAAUACAAGAACAAGAGACACUCCUUCAAGGGUAUCAACAGGAAAAUGAGCGAUUGUAUAAUCAAGUGAAAGAUCUCCAAGAACAAAACAAGAAAAAUGAGGAGCGACUAUUUAAGGAAAACCAGAGUUUAUUGAGUGAGCUAGCAUCCUUAAAAGAACAAGUGCAUAAAAGUCAUUUCCUGUCUCGAGUAGUUGAAGACUCAGAGCCCAUCAGAAACCAGAGUUUUACAGAAUUACUAGCAGAGCUCCGGAUGGCACAGAAAGAAAAAAACAGUUUGUUGGAAGAUAUCAAAAGACUGAAGCAAGACAAGCAAGCCCUUGAAGUAGACUUGGAAAAGAUGAAGAAAGAGAGAGACCACGCCAAGGAUCAGAUUGCUUAUGCGACAGGUGAAAAAUUAUAUGAAAUAAAAAUUAUAGAAGAAACACACAAACAAGAAAUUAGUCGUUUACAAAAAAGAUUACAGUGGUAUGCUGAAAAUCAGGAACUUCUAGAUAAAGAUGCAGUGCGGCUUAAAGAAGCAAAUGAAGAAAUUGAGAAACUCAAACUUGAGAUUGAGAAACUGAAAACUGAAUCUGGAAAUCCAUCUAUUCAGCAAAAAUUACGUUUAAAAGAUAGAGCAGUUGAUGCCAAAAAAAUUCAAGAUCUGGAAAGACAAGUUAAAGAAAUGGAAGGAAUUCUGAAGAGAAGAUACCCCAAUUCUUUACCUGCUUUAAUAAUGGCUGCGUCAGCAGCUGGCGAUACAGUGAAUAGAAAUACAGUGGCAUUUAUGGAAAAAAGGAUUAAAAAGUUAGAAGCUGAUCUUGAAGGCAAAGAUGAAGAAGCCAAGAAAAGCCUGCGUGCCCUGGAACAGCAGUUUCAGAAGAUGAAGAUUCAGUAUGAACAGAGACUAGAGGAGCAGGAGCAGCUGCUCGCCUCCAAAUCGAAGGAGACGCCCCAGGACCAACACGGCAGCGCCUCGAGGGUGAAAGCACUAGAGAGGGAGCUUGAUGACAUCCAGGAAGCCCAUCACAUCACCGUGAGAAACCUCGAAGCUGAAAUAGACAGUCUCAGACAGCAGAAUGCUGAACUGGAACUCAAGAAGAGCGAUAAGGAUGAUAAAGAUUUCCAGUCGAUAGAAUUCCAGGUGGAACAGGCCCAGGCUAACGCUAAGCUAGUCCGGCUCAAUGAGGAACUGGUCUCAAAGGCGAGAGAAAUACAGGACCUGUCUAAGACCGUGGAGAGGCUUCAGCAGGAGCGAAGAAUGAUGCUAUCUAAGCAAAGCUCUAAAGGCAGGGAGGAAAUACCUCCCAAGAAGGUGAAGAAAGAUGCUUUGCCCACAGGUAAAGGAAGCACUCACUCCUCUGGAAACCUGGGCAACAAGCUAUACCAACCACACACUUUUACGGAUUCCUCUAUGUCGGAGGUCCUGGAAGAAAACUUCAAGCUGAAAAAUGAGCUACAGAGAGUAAUUUCGGAGAAGAAUGAACUAACGGUGAAAUCUGAAGCUGCAUCGAAUCAGUAUGAAAAGGCCAUGAAACGGAUCAAGGAAGAUACCACGGCGCACAUCGCAUCCAUCAAAGCAUCUCAUCAGAGAGAAGUAGAGAAACUGCUCUGCCAAAAUGCGUUAGAAAAUUCUUCUUCCAAAGUAGCUGAACUAAACCGUAAAAUCACUACUCAAGAGGUUCUUAUAAAACAUUUCCAAAAUCAAGUUAGUGAACUACAGGGUAAGCAAGAAUCUCUUGUAGUUUCUCAAGUUCGGGAAGAAGUCCUACAGAAUGAGGUUACAAAACUCCUAGAAGAACUGAGAGAAGCCAAAGAAAACCAUACGCCAGAGAUGAAACAUUUCACAGGCUUAGAAAAGAAAAUUAAACAGAUGGAAAUGAGACAUGAGCAAAGAGAGCAGGAACUUCAGCAGAUAAUACAGCAGACACGCCAAGUGGUAGAAACUGAGCAAAACAAAGAAGUUGAGAAAUGGAAAAGACUUGCGCAGCUAAAGAACCGAGAGCUGGACAAGUUCCGCACAGAACUGGACUCCAUAUUAGAUGUUCUUCGAGAGCUGCAUCGACAGGGGGUGGUUGUUCCGGUUGCUUUUUCAGAUGAAGCGAAUGCAGCAGAGUUUUACUAGAAAGGCUGAUUUCACAGGGUCUCAUUAGAAGCUCUACAGGUAGAUGGGAUUGUGCCAGCCUAGCAAGAACUUUUCGAACGAGCGUUCUUUCCUAUUGCCAGAAAGCAAGUAGUACAAAUGCAGUGUUUCAAAAUAAAUGGCCCUUAAUGAAUAAGGAAAAAGAAACAUGGCAUAUUUUACAAAAAAUCAUGAACCACUCGUAAUUAUGGAUAGGUCCCUUUGUGCCAAAUGAUUAUAGCUAGUGAGACUGAUUGUAAAAUGCCUGGAGUCCUAUGAUAGACAGGGAAAGAAAAGGCAGCCGACUUCCCACACUGCAUUUCACAUGAUUAUCGGAUUAUCGAUCAAGCGGGUCUUCUUGGUGCCCUGACAGCCACUCCUUGAUCCUGGGAUGGGCAAAGCCCAUCGGCUGGUGGCCGAGUGGCCGACCUUCCUCUGUCACUGAAAAAAGACUUCUCCUUUCUGCCCAGGGAGACGGGCAGUUCUCUUGAUUUCCCCUGGUUUUCUGCAUCCUUGGGGUGUCUCCUUUUUUGCCCUUAUCAGGUGAAAAUAUGUAUCUCACAAAUAUUAGGGGGAUUUAAUCAAUGCUGUAAUCUUAAUUUAUAAAGUGGCGUACUAUGUAAGCUACGUA